AUGCUGCGACUAAGUGAUGUGUACUGGGCUGCCGAAAAUAAGGACAUUCUCAUGGAACCUACCCUGGAUUUGGCGGGAACUGUAACUUGCCCACUUGUGCUGGGAGAUUCAGCGUACCCAUUGAAGACCUGGCUUCUACCGGUUAUCAAAGAUAAUGGAGCCCUUAACCGAGACCAGAAGAAGUUCAUUAAGGAACUCUCUAAAGCACGAAUAGUUUCUGAGCAUGCGUUUGGUUUGUUAAAGGGUAGGUGGAGAGCACUACUGAAGCGCUUGGAUGAGGAUCAUUGGAGGAUCCCAAACACCAUCAUAGCAUGCUGUGUACUUCACAACAUUUGUAUUAUUCGAGGGGAAGAAUUUGAUGGAGAUGUGGAGGACGAUAGCGAUGAUGACAAUGAUGAUGACAAUGGAGUUCCCAGCCAGGCCGCAAACGGUGUUCGACUGGCUGUAAUUGAAUUUGUAGCAAAUCAAUAA